AUGUCUAGCACUCCCCUGACCAUACUGGAGGAAAGCGUGCGCCGCAACCCAACAUCCAUCGCUUUCAAGGUUCCCCAACAGAAUGCUUUGUCCGACUGGCGAGACAUCACCUACCAAGAUUUCCUUCACGAUGUUGAGCUUUCUGCAAUAUAUUGGACUCGCGUCUUCCGCAGAGAUAAAAUACCUCAGCGCUCAGUUAUCGGGCUCUGGAUCGGCGGCUACGAUUACAAGGACGUUGUGAAUCUCUAUGGCAUCUUCCGUGCGGGAUUCGUGCCCCAGUUGUUCAGCCUCCGUUUGCCCAGUGCCGAUGUUAUUUUGGAGCUGCUAGCAAAGACUAAUGCUAAAGCGCUCAUUUACGAAGACCUCUUCGAAUCGGCACUCCGGACCUGGCCUCUUCCCAUCUAUCCUGAAGCAAGUCUUGAUCAUGAGCUUGCGGCUGGACGAAGUCAAGGCCACCUUGAUUUGCCUCCGGUUCCUAUGGUCGAGGACCACGAUAUCUAUGCCUACUUCCAUACUAGUGGUUCCACUUCCGGCAGCCCAAAGCUUGUCCCUUGCAACUAUAGGUGGUUGCGCUCAACUUUGCAUAAAGCAUCCCAAAUCUGUGCGCCAAAACGAAAUCACAACCUCGAUGUCGCCAUCUGGGGUGGUUCCAUGGCCCAUAUCUUCCAGAACUUCAGUAAGCUCAACCUCGAACCAUUCACGAUCAUACUGACCCUCUCUUCUCUUCCAGUGUUGAUGGGCCACCUCCAGCACAACGCUUGCACAGUUCAACCUGUCUCUAUUCCCUUCAGUUCUUCCCAGCUCUGCGAAAUGGUCCGUGAAUGCGGACUAAACCGCGUGAAUGUAUUUGCAUCAUAUCUCGCGGCGCAUGUCCGAACCGCCCGACACGACUCGGGCGUAUUGGAUGCCUUACGGAAAUUAGACGAGGUCGUUUAUACCGGCUUGCCUCUUCCACAUGAAGAGGAGGCCUGGGCUCUCGGUCAGGAGGUCGGCGCCAUGCUGGUCUCAAAUGGCGGCUGCGGUGACGGGGCGGGCUUUCUACGCCAGAUGGAUGGUGUUGCUUAUCAAUUCCUUCCUGUGGCGAAUGGGGAUGAAGCCGCUGGAGCCAAACCCCAGACAACACAUGCCUCAACAGGACGGCUGUUGGAGCUGGUUAUCCUCCCUCAAUCAGACGACUGCCCCGAUGUUUCGCUGCGCAGCCCUGAUGGAAACUUCCGAACUGGCGACCUGUUCAUCGAGGUUCUACCCGGUCAAUACGUCUCCCAGGGCCGGGACGACGACUGGAUAAAGUCUGAAAGCAGUCUUCGAUGCGAUACAAGGGCGAUCGAAGACAACGCCCGUCUGAAUUGUGCCUCAUUAAUUGCUGAAUGCAUUGUGGUCGGGUCGGGCCGUCCCAGCCCGAUUCUAUUCGUGGAACCCGGAGCAGAUGCAGAAAAAAUGGACGCCGACAAGCUCUCACGGGAGAUCCUUCGACGGAUCAGACAGUUCCACGCCCGCCGAUAUGUGCACGAGCGAAUUGCAUCGGCACGGAUGAUCAUUGUAGUGCAACGAGGAGCCCUUCCUCGCACAGCAACGAAAGGAAACAUCCGGAGAAAAGCGGUCGAGGAGCUCUACAAGGAGAAAAUCGACUCGAUUUUUGCGACAACUGCAUGA